AUGCCCGGACCGAUCGACCCGGAGACCCUCUACACCAAACAAGCAUGUAUUGGUGGUGGAAGCUUCGGCAGGGUCUACAAAGGAGUGGAUAAGAUUACUGGAGAUUCAGUGGCCAUAAAAGUUAUUGAUGUUGAGAAUGCCGAAGAUGAAGUGGACGAGAUUAUCAAGGAGAUUGCGAUCUUGUCUGAGCUGAAGUCUCCGUAUGUCACCAAAUACCAUGGCUCAUACCUCAAGGGCUCUCAUCUUUGGAUCAUUAUGGAGUUCUGCUCUGGGGGCAGUUGUCAUGGCUUGUUGCGCCCCGGUGUGAUCCAUGAAGAGUACAUUGCGAUUAUUCUGCGAGAGCUUCUUCGAGGCUUGGAUUACCUUCAUGGAGAUAAGAAGCUGCAUCGGGAUAUCAAAGCUGCCAACAUUCUCUUGAGUGCCAGUGGGCAGGUCAAAUUGGCAGACUUUGGUGUUUCCGGUCAACUAUCGGCGACAAUGACCAAGAAGAAUACAUUUGUUGGAACUCCUUUUUGGAUGGCUCCGGAAGUCAUCAAGCAAUCAGGUUACGACUACAAAGCGGAUAUCUGGUCUUUGGGAAUUACGGCAAUCGAGCUGGCAUGUGGAGAUCCUCCUUAUGCUGAUAUUCACCCGAUGAAAGUGUUGUUUUUGAUUCCCAAGAAUCCACCUCCGACCCUCAAUGGUAACUUCACAAAGCCUUUCAAACAAUUUGUGGAAUUGUGCUUGCGGCGGGAUCCCAAGGAGCGACCAUCCGCCAAGGAGCUGCUGGAGCACCCGUUCAUCAAACGAGCGAAACGGACAACAUACCUCACUGAGCUUAUUGAACGUGCAGAGCGCUGGCAAGCGACUCACCGAGGUCAAGGAGAUGAUGAUGACGAAUAUGAUGAUGAACCCUACGAUGAACCUACGCAGGAUCCCGGAGCACAUGAGGAUCUUUGGGACUUUGGCACUGUCCGCCCUGCCAAUGGCCGACACAUCGUGCCACCAUUACGUCCAAUGAACGACUCCGCUACCAAUUCUCGUUCUCAGGAAACAGAGGAAUGGGACUUGCAAGACGAGGCCAAACAGGCGCCGCCACCCCAGCCAAUGCCAACUCGAUCUUAUCCUGUAAAUCCUGUAAAUCCCGCCGUUGAAACCUCUCCAUCGAAAAAGCCCCUUCCCCCCUCUAUUCCAUCCUCGCCGGUAAAGCAGACAACCAGCCAGCCAUUGAACACCCCUUCCCGCCAAACCCGCGCAAACAACCCAACAAUCACCCUGGAAGAGAAUUCUCCCGCCAGAGGCCCUAACGAAAGAUAUGCACAGGCAAUGAUGGAAUACGCUAAAGGCCUCCGUGCCGAUGUGUCCCCUCAGCCAAAAUCUCCUGUCGCCGGUUCCAGCCACCAAAUAAGGGAACAAUCGCCGCUCGCCAAAAAGCCUGCACCCGUUCAGCGUCCCCUUCCCGAUAUCAAUGCAAUCCCAGUUCAACCUCGCCAAGCGCCCGUUGCAGCUCUUCAAAAGCAAUCCGACGCAUCAUCCCCGAAUGCGAAACCAUCAUCCGGACUUAAGUCUAAGCUUGCGCCGAAAUACGAGGAGCGUCUUGCUAGACAACACACUCCUACUCCCGGUUCUCGUGGAAACGAGCAGCCAAAACAACUUCCACAACCCCCAGCCAAAGCACCGGUAGACAACGAUCGCGCCACCGCUUACGGAUCUGUGAUCAUUCCCGCUUUGCGUGCAGCUAUGAAUCGACGAGGUCGCAAUCUUACUCGUCUCGACCCAGCACGAAACCCCAACAGCAGACCCACUCCUGAAGAAGAGCAGCAGUGGGAGCGAAGCGUUCGCGUCCAUCGGAACAUGGACCAUAUCGUUGAUGACAUUUCAAAAGCAUUCACCAAUCUCCAUCGCUGGGACAUGGAGGAUCAAGUCCAGAUGGGCGGUGGUGUUGAUGUCACACUUGAUGCUUUCCUGGAGGAAGUUCUGGUGCGACUUCAGCCUGCUUCCACUCCAGAAUCUACUUGA